GUCUGACAGAGUUUUAAAAAUAUGUAAAUACCAAAGUAUGUUAGAUUUUUGUCCUACUAUUUAAUAUUUAAAGAACGCUCAAUUUAUCUUGAUUUUAUAGCAUUCAUAUCAAAUGUCUAUAUUUAAGUAUUGAUCAGGAACACACAUGAAAAUGAUCGAUAUUUUGGCAUUCAAGAAGAUUUUCUUCAUUUACAAAAUGAACAUUUUCUUUUUUUUGUCUCUCGUUGCACUCUAUUUGGAACUAUUUCCAGGUAAGAACAAUGCGAAGAUGUUUUUUGUACCAUUUUCUUAAAUCGGUCACAGUUUUUAUUUACAAAAAGACAUAAAAUCAAUGUUAAUAAAAGGCAAAGAAAAUUGUUAUAUAACUACAUAGGUCCUACUUAUCUACAGACCUUAAAAACAUAUUCAAAAAGCGGAAGAAAAAAGGGCGAGGGAAUAUAAAUGUGUAUACAUAAAAUUAUUAAGUCACCAGAUAAAAAGAUCUUAAUAAUAUGGACUCUACAAUUUUCAAGGUCGCACAAUGUGGCGAUCUUUCGCUGUCAGACGAUUAUUAGUACGGCAAAUGCUGUUUUGCAUUAAGAAAAAAAUUUACAUUUGUGAUUGCUUAAAUUUUUAUUUGCUUUUUAAUAUAUCCAAGUGUAUUUAAUGUUUUCAAUGUUUGACAUUCAUUUGCGGACCUCAUAAGUGAAACUUUGCUAGUGUUAAAUUAGGAAUUUAUGAUUAACAUCCCUGGAAUAAAAUGCAAUUUAAAAUGGCAGUUAAAUAUGAAUGUUUGUUCAUAAAACAAGAAUUUAUUUUACAUCUUCCUCCUUUGUCAUUGUUGUUUGGUUGUUUGAGUUACUUGUUAAUAUUAAACUAUUGAAUUUGUUAGCAUGAUAUCUACUUUGUCCUGACAUAAUGCAUAUAUUAUAGAAUUAUUGAAAUAUAUUAAAAAGAUUUCUUAUCUUUUUUUAAGGUUAUAUAAAUACGUAAGACCGUGUAGAGAUUCUUUUAAAGGUAAUGAAUAAUUCCUUAGUGAACUUUUGAAUCUUUGAAUCAGUCACUCAGCAGAUUCAUUCGUAGCAGGAUAAUGGUGAGCAAUAGCGCGAUAUAAAAUAACCCUCUCUUUACACCAAUGUUGAGAUUCUUCAGAGAUGAAGCUAGUAGCAUUAUUACUUACUAUGGUUUGUAGAUAGACAUAAUGUGCAAAAUCUUCCACCAUAAUAUCAAUGGUGGCUUUGUUUGAUGUGUAUUCUGUCCUGUGGAUACGUGGAUACUUUGAAUAAGCAUCUAUUAUCACAAGCAUAUGAGAUCUCUUCAAGUUAAUGGUAUGGUCGAUAUGCACUCAACUCCAUGGUUUUUCUGGCAGCAGCCAUGUGUGAAUACUUGCUUGAUAAGGGUCUCUGGUGUUUUUGCACAUGCCUGGCAUGUUUCAACCAUCUCCAUGAUUUGAGCAUGAAGCCGGGGCCAGUAAAAAAAGUGAUCUGACUUAAAUUAAUUUGCUCGAAUUGCAAAAUUUCCAGUAUGAAGGAUUUGGACAACCUGAGUUUGUACUAUUUUUGGUACCACAAUUCUUGAACCAUAAAAUAGACUAUUCGACUCCACUGAGAGUGAGACUUUAAUAUUUUUAAAAGCUUCUAUAUUUGAUGCAUGAUUGCUCAAGUGCGCCUUGUUUGUAGAGGACAUCCAGCCCUCUUGACCAUAUCUCAAUACUGUAUAACAAUAUAUUCUUUGAGUGAAUCUUUAACAAGGACUCCUGGGUCUGUUGGUCUGAUCUGGAAACUAACUUGUUUGAUCAUAUAUACAUAAUACAUGUCAGCUUCACUUUAUUCAUCAUCAAAAAUGUCACAAGGCUCUGAGGGUAACGUCUAAGAGCAUCCGCAUUGCAAUGUUUAGUGGACUUCCGGAAUUCAAUGAUUUAGUCAAAUCGACAGAAGGUAAGAGUUCACCUGGCUAAAAGAAUUUGCUGGUAGGGAUGGUGUUCAUUUUGCUGUACGAAAUAUCUUUAUCAAUGGUUUAUUGUUGGUAACCAAAACAAUUUUCUCUUCCAUAAAGAUGUUGAUGGAACCUUGAUAGUCCAAAAUAUUUGAAAGUGCUUACUUCUGAAUCUCGCUAUAUUUAAGUUGUGCCACUGUGAGAGUUUUAAAAUGUUAACAAAAGAGCAUCCACUGUCAUCAGGAUAUUUGUGGUACAGAACACUUCCUAUGCCAAUAUGAGAGGCAUUUCAGCUUAUAUGUCCAGUAUUGGAUGACAGUGAGCUAGAGCUGUAUCAAAAGAGAGCAAUUGCUUGACUUUCCUAGAAGCUCAUUCUUGUACUGUUUUCCAGUUCAAUGGCACGUUCUUUGUAGUUAAAUAAUACAGCGUCGCGAGUGCAUUUGAUAACCCUGGUAAGUUCUUAUUGUAAAACUGCACUUGUCUAAGAAUCGACCGUAGACUAAAUAUAUAUCUGUGGGUGCUGGAAUGGAUAUAACGACACAUAGUUUUGCUCCUUUUGGAUAUGUAUUUGCUUGAUACUUUUUGCCCUAAAUAUUCAUUUGAUUGGUGGGUAAAUUCACAUUUUUCCAUCCUGCACUUUAAGCCAUUUUCAUUCAAUUUUUAUAAUAACUAGCGAAAGUUGAGUAUAUGGUUUUCCUCAUUCUUUCCGCUUACUAGAAUGUGGCCCAUUUAUCUUGCAACUCCAGGCAAAACUUUCGUAAGUUUGUCCAUGGUUUCUUUGAAAUUACCAGAUGCUGAGGUAAUACAAAAUGGUAAACGUGUUUAAAGCAGUGCACACUUAUGUUUGCAUAGGGCCUAAUUCAAUCGAAUUUCCUUUUCCAUCUUGAUCUGAUCAUAAGCAUUAGCUAGGUCUAUUUUAGAGAAACAAUAUCCAGUUGCUAUCUUUAUCAUAAGGUCUUCCGAUAAUGGCAUUGGGUACCUGGGUGUUUCUAACUUGAUUUACAGUUUUCACAUAGUCUCCACAUACCAUAAGUUGUGACAUUUUUCCUGAGAUAUAAUUUUUUUCUUACUUGGACUACGUAGGUGUCCAGUUGCUUGAAAUGUACUGAUGACGGCUUCAUAUGCUUUUGGUAGUUAUGCCUUUAUUGCAUAAGGAACAUUUCUAGGUGUCAUAUCGAUUAGCUGUGCAUUUGGCUUGAAAUUAACCUCUAGCUCAAAGUCCUUCAACUGUCCAAGACCUGGUCCAAAAAUUUGAGGGAAUUCAUUACAGAUUUAUUUAAUGAGUGUUAAUCGCUGAUAUUAUUUAAUUUAUUUGAAAAUAGUUAUCAAUUGAAAUAUUGAGGUUCUUUUUUGGGGUUCUGCCCAACAAAUUAAAGUUGUGAACUUUAAUAUCCAUUGGUGGAUAAAUUCCCUGCAUCAGCGUUUAUAUCCACAGCUCCAAAGAUCAUUAUGUUCCUUACCACACGUUUACUAAUACUUCACGGAUACUGGGCUCAUUUUUGGCUAUCAUAUUUUUUGCACUACCGAUUUGGACAUUAAGUUUUCCCAAGCCUCUCUAUCGAUUUCAAAUGUAAAUCUCUUUCCUUCUAAAUUUAUUUCCUGAAUAAGUGGUGGAACAGUUUUAAUUGGUUUUUGUCUUGUUAUUCUUUAAUGGUAACUUGGUUUCUGUCUUGGAGUAUUCUCUAUGUUACUUAUACAUAGUCUUUCAAGAUGUCCUUUCUUAUGGCAUCAGUGACAUAUCAUGUCUUCAUGCAUGCAGGCAUUUUCCUUAAUGUCAUUUUCCACCACAUCUGUCGCAAAAUUCAACAGGAAAAUUAUGUCCCGGAGAAUUUGAAAAUGUUUCUGCUGCCAGAAGUUUAAAAUUUAUGAACUUGAUGAACAGGAAUUUGUUCAGGGAUAGUUUCUUUCGCACACUACCCUGCUUCUUCUGUUUCCGCAGCUAUUUCCAAUGCUCUAUUAAAUGUUAAUUCUGUGUCCUUCAUUCUCAACAAUAUUUUUAAUACUGCUUUGUUCUUCAAAGAAGACGCAUAAUGUAUAUAUAAUAUAUAUAUAUAAUACAAGUUCCAAUAAUGUUGACUCUAUGCUAGUCUCCGGAACACACUUUUCAUGCACCCACUCUGUCUACAGGUCCUAAGGGUUCGCUUACCGGAAGUUAUAUGUUUAAUUCAUCAAAACAUUUUUUUAGAUCACUAUUAUACAAGAAUGAUGUUUCGGCUCCAUAUCUUUUAAAAUCUAUUUGUGUUUAUUUUUUUCAUUCCACUAAGAUAAAAAUUGAUUUUAUGUUAACGCAGGUUAAUUCAAAAACAUUAGCAAACGUUCCGUAAUAAUUUGCUUGAGAAUUCGCCAGGAUAACUCCAUUAUUUUAAUUAUGUAAACAGCGCUAACACUUGACUGAGUCGUCACAUAUUGACGUUCUUUUUUUUUUUGGCGAUCUUUUUUAACCUCAUCACUCUCUCACUCUAGUGUCUAACUACUGCGACCAUGACGUGUCUAAUUUAUCAUAACUCACAAACUAUGUCCCUCUCUCCAUUUCAGACUUGUCAUCAGUUGCUUACCUCACACUUGUACAUUAGUGUUUUACUUCUGUGUCUGCCUGUACUAUCUGACUUCCCGGUCCUACAUCAGCGACAUCAUCUAGAUGCUCUAGAUAUACUGCUUGAAACACUAAUUGAUUUUUAGUCGUCCAAAUAUUCAUCUUUACCUGUCCGCGUAGAUAUCAAGUACAGUCGACCCAAAUUAUAUCGACAGCCCCCGGAUUUGCGAAAAAUGUUCGAGAUAACCGAAAACCAAAAAGGGCGCCAUUAUUUUAAGAGGGGUUUUAAUUUGUCUUCCUCGUGUGCAAGAUGUGCGUUUAUUGGUGAGAAUAUACGGAAGCGAUCGGCAUGCUAUAAAAAUAUAAUAACAUUUUGCUAAAACAACGUUGCAAAUGUGGGGGUGCCACUUUUCCGGAUUAUCCCGCAAUUCAGGAUUCGUGAGGCUCAAUAUUUUUCAGCUACGGAUUUUUUUUUUUUCUCUCACUCCGGAUUUCCCAGAUUGUUUAUUCAAUAACGGAUUAUGGUCCAAAAAAAAAAAAAAAGUCGACAGCUUGUUAGACCGACAAGCGGAUUCACUAUAAAUAGAUUAGGUACCAAUCUAUUGGUUUGGAAACCUCUCACUUCUCGCUUCUUGCUGUGUCAAGUUAAUUGCGCGGACAAUGAUAUUGUCAUGUCACUUCAAUUACUACAGUUUGACGUAGGCUUCUUUCUGUUGUAUAUAAGUUUUCAAAAGCCGGCGAUUGGUCAUGGGAUUCGACAUAACAUAGGUAGUGCAAAUUUCGCCGACUUUUGUGUUCGAGAUAGCAGGGUUCUGCCACAUAAAAGAAUCCAGAUAACCGAGGAGAAAAUCCUAAGACAAAUAGAGCGAUUGGCGAUGCCAUGUCCAAAACGUCGACAUAAAAGGGUCAAUGAGUUAAUCGAGAUCGAAAAAAGUGAGUUCGGCUAUACCAUUGAUGUAAUUUAUUAGAGUGGUUUUCAAAUGGAAUUUGACUGUGCCAAAACAACAAUUCCACCUCCCCCCCCCCUUCUUUUCCCACGUCAGCAUCUUUCUUUUUUCAUAUUAUCUUUUAGUUUACAGAUAUGAUAAAUGCCACUUCCAAACCUCAGCGUUAUGCUCAGUAGAUGUGUACAAUUCCUUUAUAUCCUUAACCCUAUUACAACAUUGUCCCUAAAUUUUGAGAAUUAUCCCAAUGUCGAUAUAUUUAUAUAUAUAACCACUCAUCUAUCGUGCUGGGACAUAGAAAUAUGACAUGCAACCACACUUAUAAAUUACAAUUUUGUUUAGGCUAACUAACGUUGUAGUUAAUAUUUCUUUUCAAAUAUACCCUUUUUAAAUGUGAUAGGGAAAUCUAAUAAGAUCCUAUUAAAUAAAUCUUACAAAAUCCACAUUGUAAAAAUUUAAAAUCAAAAGUAUAACAAUUUAUUUCCGUUGAUAGCUAGGCGUAUUUGAUAAUAAUUUGCAUGUUUAAGUGUAAAAUAUUAUUUUUUAAUUAUUUCUGUUUGUCAUUUUUGUUAACUAUUAGUUUCCGAAUUGCAAUGCAUUGGUCAUUGAAGCCAUCUAAAUUAUAAUUUCAAGGGUUAAAUUUGUAUAUAUAUAUAUAUAUAUAUAUAUAUAUAUUAUAUAUAUAUAUACGCACGAUAUAUACAUCAUCUACAUAUUAAUAGAUAAAAUAUAACAUACACAGUUAAACUAUAAUGUUAUUAUUUAAUUUCGUCUUUUCACAGCCCAAGCUGUAAUUACAUUUUUAGAUAUAAGUAAAUCUGCAAACAUAAACCAGCAUAGUUUAACUUUGGGCUGCAAUGUGUCCGAAACACCAAGCAAUGUGGCGAUAUCCAGAAAACAUCCUUCUCCUACAAUUCGAGUUAAAAAGUUUAACCCAAACAAGGCAACAUUUCUCUAUGAAAGAUUUGAGUUAAAGAAUGAGAACUGCUCAAAUAUGGCUGGUCAAUACGAAUGUAUGGCGACUUACGAUCACAAAGUUGUAGAAACUAAAACAUUAAAUGUGUUUAGAGAUGACUGUAAGUAUACAGUUUAUUCAGUUAAGGUCAAUACUACGUUAUAUUUGGUUUAAAAAUAUUAGUACAAAUUAAUAUUUAAAACUGAAAUGUUGGGCCAAAUUUAUACUCAAAUAGUAUAAUGCAUUCUGUAUAAAUAAGUAUCGAAUAAUACAUACUCAAAAUUUGACAUAAUUUAAUCUUAAAUUAUAUAACACUAUUAAGUAUUUGCUAUAAUUAAAGGUAUUCAUUUGCAAUAUGAAAUUAUGGAAAAAAAACAUAAAUAAUUAAACAAUGUAUAACUUCUUAAUAUGUGUUUAAUUAACCAUUUUUUGUUGUUGCAAUUUUAAAUAACAUAUAAAUCACAUACCCUACUUACACAGGUCAACUUAUAUUGUGUGAUGCAAAACUCGACAACUCAGUGACGUAUGCAAAUGUUGAUGAUGAUGUAAACCUCACAACCUGCGUAUGGGGAGCAAGUGAAGAAAUACAUCUUGAGCUUUUUUACAAUCAAGACAGACAUAGUUUAAAAUAUACGAUCUUUCAUCAUCACAACACGACUACAAAGUACAGAAAUAUUACAGUUCAAAUAAUGAAACUUUCUUCCUCUAGCUUUGGGCUUAACAAAAUGAAGAUCAAACCCGAUAAGUAUGCAAACCAGAGUAUUGUGAUCAAUUUUCAAAUACUUGAGAAAGGUAUUUUUUUUAAAUUUAGUUUUUGCUUUGCUAAGACUAACAAUUGCUUAUUCAUUUUUUAUUCGCCACGAUUGAAAAAUUCAAAAAAUUUAAAAAUAUUUUUUGUUUGAAAUAUAUUGAAGUUGCCCCGACAUAAUAUAUAUAUAUAUAUACAACAGUAAUGGUUAAAUGGAGAAAAUUCUGGAGUCUGUGUUUAAAAAAAUAAUAAUUUUGCAACUCUAAUUGGAAACAAAAUUAAAUGUAGCAAUAUUUUAAAAAAAUAAUUAUGAUCAAAAUAAUUCAAUUAAAAUGUAAUUGAUUAGAUUAAAAUCAAUGCUCAUACUGUCCAUAAACUUAAGUUGUCUUCUUUUUUAACUGUUUGUUUUAAUUAUUUUUCAGGACAAUUCGCCUUAUGUGACAAGAAAACAAACAACAGCGUCAUAAGUGUAACUAAAGAAAGCGCAAUGGCUGACUUCUGUGUAAUGUCAAAAGAGGGAAUAGACAAAAUAUCAAUCAAUGAACAAGUUCUAUUUGAUAAAGUUUUGAUAUCAUCAGAUAAAUACAAACUAGUUAACACAUCGAAGGGAUCCAAAACAACAUUCAAACUUCAUUUUCUCAAACCUUUACAGGAAUCCAAUCAACAUUUUAAAGUACACAUUUUUUCCAAGACAAAAACGCGUUUAGAAUAUCGAUUUAGUUUAAUAUUUCUAAAAGGUAUAUUUUUGUUUACAUUUUACAAUUAGAUUUAUUAUUUUAAAAUUAUAUUUUUAACACGUAUAUAUUGACUAUAUAAUUGUCGUGCUACAAAGUAAACAAAAAAUAUCAUAAAUCUGCAAUAAAAUAUGUUGUAAUCAAAAUUGUAUACUAAAUAUAUUAAUCUAUAACCAAUUUACUUAUUUGGUGAUUAAAGCAACUUUGUCGGAAUUCACUUUUUGUUGGUCGUCAGCAUCUGUGAACGGUUCUUUGUUCAGAGCUUCAAUUUUAAAAAAAACUAUAAAAAAAAACUGAACAAGCACAAACAAACUAACAUCUUGCUUGUUAGCAAAAAGCAAACUGAUUCUUAAACAACAUCGUUUGAGAAACUAUUCAAUUUUGCCUUGUAAUUAAGGAUCAAAUUCAAAAUGGUUCAGCUUUUCGAAAAUGUGAUUGGCAUCUUCUGACGCGUUUGUUUACGAGUAGGCCUACUAACAAAUUAUGACACAUUUUUACUUUUAAUACAGGCUUAAAUUCUUCAGCCUAUUAUAUUUAUUCGUUUUCAUCUAUCAUAAUACUGGUUCACAAUAGCAGAAAGUAACGCUGUUUUAUAUGCUUACAGACCAUCCUGCCCUGUGUGAUGGGACAUCUACAAACACUGACAUAUUUGCUAAAACCAACAAGGCCACUACUGAAAUAUGUGUAAAACCUGGUGACAACAUUUCAAAUAUAACAAUAAAUGAUUUUAAAAUCUUUGAUCACGGACUGAUUCAAUCUUCACAGUACACAUUGAGUAACAGAACCGAAGAUGACAAGAUCUAUUUUACAAUCGAAAUUUUAAAUUUGACAAUGUCAUCUCCAGUCAAGUAUGUUGUAAAAAUUGAAACAACAUCUAGUCUGCAACUUAUGCUUCAGUUCAACAUAAAAAUGAAUUCAGGUAUGCAUUUAUGAAAUAUGCAAUUUCUAAACUGUGAUACAAAAUGUGUAGUUUGAAAUGUAUAAUAUUUUUUUUUUGUGGAUAUAAUAUGUAAAAAUAACGAUUAAAUUGUAAUUCUUGAUCGUUUUUUUUUCUUUCAUUUUUUGGCUAUUUAUUAUAUUCCACAGUUAACGAAAUAACGCCUAAUUGUUUCACCACGGCGAAUGCUACAUCCCUACACGUAGUAAAUAACACAGUCAACAUUUACUUGUGUGAAAAUGAAACAGUCACCAUUUCCAACUUGAAGGUUAAUGACCGUCCCAUCAAUGACACUUUAUCAGAAUACACCAUUAAGAACAAGACAGUUGGUGACAACACACAAGUUGUUGUCGAGUUUAGCAACUUGAAAAAUGGCAUCGACCGUAAUGUUUCUUUUGGCGUCAUAAAACUUUCUGGGCAGAACAUUGGAUAUUUCUUUAAUUUACCAUUCCACAAUGGUAUGAUCUUUUAGUAUUUUACAAAAUUAUGUUGCUGAUUUUAAUAAUAACAAUCAAUUAACAUGUGUAUGUUUAAACUACAACACAGUCAUAUUAUUUCAUUAAUAAUAAAACUUUUGGUAUCGUUGGUUUUUUAAAAUUAUGAGGAUAAAAAUUUAAAAACACUUAACAUUUAAAUUAUUAAAAGGUGAUAUGUGCAUGGUUGAUGUUUCAAAGGGGAUUUCUUUUUGUUUUUUUUUAAUUACGUUAAAAAAUAAAAUAAUUUAUUGCACAUCUGUGAAGACACAUGAAAAACGUAAAAGAGAGUACAUUCAAUAUAUUUGAUUUAUAAAAAUAAUGCAAAUUUAAAAGCUUAUUUAAUCCAUGUUAUCUUUUUUAAUUGAUUGAUUUCUUGAUUGACUAAAAUUAUCUUAAAAUGCUGUCCGACUUUUUAAAAUAAACGUUGUCAUUCUUCAGUCUUUCAGUAGAUCAGAUAUUAUGUCCAUAAAUUAUGGUAAGCUUUUAAAUAGUCAUUUUAAUUUUAGAUUGCUUAUAUAAUCAAAAAAACACACAUGGCCAAAUUUCAUUUUCAGAAGUUUCAAAAGCUUCACGUAACACUAUCUACAGCUGGUUCCUACUGCCAAUAUUAGGCAUCGUCAUCUUUUUGGUCAUAAUAGCUCUCAUUGUCUAUUUGAAGUUUAAAAGUAAGUUGAUUCUCUUUUCAGAUUGUGUAAUUGAUUUUUCUUACGUUUCUCUGCAUAACAUUUGUUCGUAAAAAAAUGUGAACACAUUUCCUAAUAAUUUAAAAAAAAAUAUUUAUAAUUUAUUAAUUUUAAAAGGCAAACUCAUUUUAGUCCUGAUAUACUUAAUAGAGAUAAUCAACUGUGCCAGAUACAAUUUAACAAUUUUUUUUGUAUUUAAAAUCAUUUUUGAAAUGUCAAAACAUGAUAAAUAUUUGACAUUAUUUUUCAUAAUCAUAAAAAGGUCUCAAUUUUUUUUUCUCCUGACACAUUGUAUAUGUAAUAUAUAUAUUUAGAUUUAUUACUUGAAAUUGAUCUUGUAUGACAAUGGGGAUGAAAGAUCACGUGAGGGGGCAGUCGGCAGGAGCAUCAUUUUCUCAAUAUUGAGCAUUUGAGUUUAAAAAAAAAAAAAGAAAUACUGCAGUGGGUUUGGGUACUGCGUCGACAAGGAUUAAUUGUCACACAUUAUCUACCCACCUCAUGAAAUAAAAGAGGCGCGUAGUUAAUCAAAUAUAUGUAUUCAUAAAUUUUUUUUUUUUAAUUUUUUUUUUUUGUAAAUUGGGAUUAUAGCAAGAAUGCUUUUUUUUACAAUGUAAAAUCACACAGGUAAGAAAAGACGGCAACGUUACGGUCAAGCCUAUGACAACGUGACGUACAAGAGUUCCGAGAGCAUGAUACGGCCGGGUCCGCUGCCUUCCUAUCGUGGGUCAAGUUCAGCUGCUGGUCGCGAUUCAAACCGCACCAAAGGUCAGGAAGAAGAAAACUUGUAUGCAAGUAUAUUUUUAACUUUUGUGCUUGUUCCUUAAAUCAUACAGAACAGGACGUUUAGAAAAAAAAGAACAACACAUAAAUGUGUGUCUUAAAAAAAUCGUGAAAUUGCGUGUGUAUGAUUCUAUAUGUAACUGAAUUAACAGAUAGAUCCGUUUCACUUAAAAAAAUUAGCAUAAUCCCAAUUCUGCAAAGGGCGUUGAACGAAAUAAGACAUCUAACGUCGCAAGUUUGUGUAUUCACUGUUGGACUAUUUCAAGCCAAUAGUUUGGUAAAUCAAACAAAAAUUAACACAAACAAAAUAAAAAAUUGCGUAUUAAAAUUAAGCCGUAUCUUACGUUUCCUUUGGGCAGUGGGCUGAACACAAGGCCCGUCUGAUUCAUUGUGUCGCCACCAACUCUAUUGAAACACUAAAAUCUUAGCUUCUGACAGCAAUCUUCUGUUUGUCUUUAAAAAAUAAGUUUAAUACCGAAAGAAAUUUAAAUGGUUUAACGUUAGCAGGCAACAGUUUAUUUUAAGUUAUAUAUUCCUGAAAAUAUAUUCCUAAAAAGGAGCUCAUGUUUGGUUAUACCAUUUAGAAUAAUUAUAUUAUUUUUUUUUUCUUUCGAUUUCAAAAAAAUGUGGCUUGAGUUUGCCAAAUAUGUGGUCUUUGUUAGUUUGCUUUUUGUCUUUGAUUUUUUAAUUCACAUAAGGCGAAUGGAAUAACAUCUUUUACACCCACUCACACACAAAUCUUUACGUUUUAUUAUUUUUUUUUAAAUUAUUAUUUUAAAUGAAGAAAAAGACAAAGUAUAUUCCAAAUACAGCCGCUGCUCGACUUAAAACCUAUUCAACUUACGACCUUUCGACUUUACGACCACAAUCACUAGCCUUUUUAGUAUUAGAUUUCAGAUUUAUUUAUGCCUCAAUUAACAGUCGAACGGCGUUUUAUGGCAUCGUCGGCGGUCGUUAGCUAAGGAAAGGAAGGCAUGUUGCUAUGAUGAUGCCAUGCUGUUAGCCGGCGGCAUCAAGUUCUAAAAAAAAAUAAAACUUUCACACUUAAUAACCCUAGGUCCAUUGACUUCCCCAAGCGCGGCUAAAGCUUGUUGAUUGGAGAGUUCUUCGGAGUUUAGAAAUUAGAACUCCAAUCUCCCAUCGAAAAUUAUUAUUUUUAACAAUAAUAAAAGACAUUUGUGUGAUAAUUUAAAUUCAAUAAUUUUAUAACAUCACUUCAAAUAGCUGUACACAUAAAGUAAUCAACUUACGACCAAAUCGUGUUGCGAUCGGACUUUCGGAACCGAUCGUGGUCGUAAGUCGAGGACUUGCUGUAAUUACUUAAGAAAUACCAAUGAUUUCCGCGAUAUCCUCAACAUCUGAAGCUACCUUACUAAAAAUGUAACUUAAAAAAUAAAUUAGUAACCAUAUAUAUCUUAUAUAUAUAUAUAUAUAUAUAUAUGCGAAAUUGACAUAAAUUCUAAAUCGAUACAUAUCACGCUUUACAAAAAAGUAUCUGUUGAGACAGGAGUAAAUAGGUAACUAAUAGCUAAAAGAAUUAUAUUACUUUAUUUCCAAUUCGCUUAAGAUGAAUUUGUAUGUGUGUGGUUUAACCAUAUGUAGUAAAACGUAUCGCAUACCAAAAGAAUGUUCUAAAGACAUGGCAUGCAUCUCCCAGUCCCCCCAAGGAACCGACCAUUACGUAAAUGAUGACGGACUCAUCUACGUUGUCAUGGGAGAUUUCGAUAAACGGAAGUCAACAAGCAGCGUCAGGACCAACAGACAGAGGGUGCAGUACCAGGAGAUCGACUUCAACAAGACUGGACAGAUUACCAUCACAGAGGCAGAGCCAAUCACCCCCAUGGAGGCAGAGCAGAUCUUCCUGACAGACACGGAGCAGGUCACAAACACAGAGGCUUGUCAGGUCACAAAAACAGAGGCGGGACUACCAGAAAUUGUUAUUGUUUCAUUGUAAAUUUUUCAUAGGUGUAAUCAAACCUUGUUUUGUUUAUUUUGAUGAAUAAGCGAUGUAAAAAGUUUAGUUUUGUAAAAGUAAUUGAUGAGUUUGAUGAGAAGGGAAAAGAAAAGAGGGCGUGGGACAAGACGAAUCGAUGAAAAAAACAAACAAUUGGGUAUAUUUCGUAAGUUCUUCUGUACACAUAGAUUUACAAAUUUGCUGAGGACUAUAUGAACACUGAGUGUCGAGUCAAAAAUAUGUUUAAUGUCUUACAUAUAUUUAUACACCGAUAUUUUUUCUUACAUAAAAUUU